GCCUACGUGCACACAACUUUUUUUCCCUUGGAACCAGACGCGCGACCCCCGUCCCGGAGCGACGAUGCUCCCGCACAGCGAGGCGGUGGUAGCGGCUUCUGCUUCGGCCUUCCUCCUCCUCCUCCUCUGCGCGGUGGCGGAGGCCCAGUACGAGAAGUACAGCUUCAAGAGUUUCCCCGCCGAGGACGUAGUGCCGCUGGACGCCGCCUACAACCACGCGUUGGAACAGUACGCGGCGCACAACUGGGCGGAGAGCAUCAAGUACUUGGAGUUCAGCCUCAGGCUCCACCGGCUGCUGCGGGACAGCGAGACCUUCUGCGGCCGCAACUGCAGCACCGUGAGCCGGGCGAAGGACGAGGAGGAGGAUGAGGAGGACGGCAGCCUGCGCGUCGUGCGCCACAUCCUGCUGAGGGCGGCUUGCUUGAAGAAGUGCAAGGCGAACUUUCCGGUGUUUACACUCGCACACCCGCGGAGGGACGUGCUGGAGAGCUUCGAGAAAAGAACCCCGUAUCGAUACAUCCAGUAUGCCUACUACCAGCUCAACAACGUGGAGAAGGCGGUGUCCGCGGCCCACACCUUCCUGAAAAAGAACCCCGAUGACCCCUCCCUCAAAAAAAAUAUGAAGCACUACAAGACGCAGAUAGACGUGGACGAGUAUCUCAUCGACCACGAGGAGCAGCCCUACGAGAGUGUGUUUGAGAAGAGUGUGACGCUCUACAACAACGGAGACUUCAGCAGCAGCGCUCGCCACAUGGAGAGCGCCAUCAGCGCCUACAUGGACGUCUACGCGCUGUGCCUGGACGGCUGUGACGGCUCCUACGAGAUUUUAGAGUUCAAGGAUUUCUAUCCCACGCUGGCAGAUCUGUACUUGGAGGCGCUGAAAUGCAAGGUGGGCUGUGAGGGGCGUCUGACCCCCAGCGUUGGCGGCUUCUUCGUGGACAAGUUUGUGGCCACCAUGUAUCACUACCUCCAGUUUUCUUAUUACAAACUAAACGACGUGAAGGCCGCCGCCCCGUGCGCCGCCAGCUACAUGCUCUUUGACCCCGACGACCAGGUGAUGCGGCAGAACGUGGACUACUACGGCUUCUACCGGGAGCAGUGGGGCCUGCAAGAGACCGACUUCCAGCCGCGGCCUGAAGCGCUGGUGUACUUCAAGCGGACCACCAAGCAGAAGGAGAUGCUGCAGUUUGCACUCAACUACCUUCAAACAGACGACGAGGGCGAGGUGAGUGCCGAGCAGGCCGACGCCUCUCGAGCGCAGCAUCCCGACGUGGAGUUUGAGGGUGUGGGCGACUACGAGGAGUCCAUCCUGUCCGAGUGGUGGCAGGAGCCUAAAACUAAAUGGGACACGGGCGAGGUGGCGGAAUGACCUUUGACCCGCACUCACGGUGAAGCCUGAAGAAGAAAGAGGAGGAAGUCAUUGUGUUGAUUUAAGAUGUCAGCUUGACGUCUUCUCUCUUUGGCUGUCAUCAGCCUUUUAACUUCUAUUUCUACUUUUUCUUCUUUGGCCUUUAAACUUUUAUUUCUACUUUUUCUUCGUUAGCAUUUCAACUUUUAUUUCUACUUUUUCUUCUUUAGUCUUUAAACUUUUAUUUCUACUUUUUCUUCGUUAGCAUUUAAACUUUUAUUUCUACUUUUUCUUCUUUAGUCUUUAAAAUUCUAUAUCUUCUUUAGUCUUUACACUUUUUCUUUUUUAGUCUUUACACUUCUACUUUUUCUUAUUUAGUCUUUAAAAUUCUAUUUCUACUUUUUCUUCUUUAGACUAAACUUUUAUUUCUACUUUUUCUUCUUUGGCCUUUAAACUUCUAUUUCUACGUUUUCUUAUUUAGCCUUUAAACCUUUAUUUCUACUUUUUCGUAUUUAGUGUUUAAAAACUUUUUUCUACUUUUUCUGCUUUAGCAUUUAAAAAAAUUAAUUGAUUUCUACUAUUACUUCUUUAGCCUUUAAAAGCUUAUUCGACUUGUUCUUCUUUAGACUUUAAAGUUUUAUUUAUACUUUUUCUUCUUUAGACUUUAAUUCCUACUUUUUCUUCUUUGGCCUUUAAACUUUUAUUUCUACCUUUUCUUUAGCCUUUAAACUUUUAUUUAUACUUUUUCUUCUUUAGUCUUUAAACUUUUAUUUCUACUUUUUCAUCUUCAGACUUUAAACUUAUUUCUUUAUUUCCUUUUAAAAAGGUUUUAUGUUACUACUUUGUCUUCUUUAGCCUUUCAACUGUUAUUUCUACUUGAUCUUCUUUAGUCAAACAUUUUUCCAUUUUUCUUCUUCAUCCUUUAAACUUUUAUUCCUACUUUUUAUUCUUUAGUGUUAAACUUUUUUACUUUUUCUUCUUUAGCAUUUAAAAUUUUUAAUUGUAUUUUACUUUUACUUCAGCCUUUAAAAGCUUUUUCUACUUUUGACUUUAAAAAGUUGUUUCUACUUUUUCUUCUUUAGCCUUUAAAAUAUUGUUCUACUUUUUCUUCUUUAGCCUUUAAAAACUUAUCUGCAGCCUUGCUUUUGACGUUAGAAGAAGCAAGAAAAUGGAAGAUUACAUUUUUAUUUUUUUCCACUGAAAUGUCAAUUUAUUAUAUGAUAUGUUGUCUUUUUUACUGUACAUCAGUUGUAUUGUUCAUAUUCUUUCUGAAUAAUUUAUUAUUGAAAAAAAAUAGACUUUAUUUUGUCUCCCUUGUAUUUUUCUGCCUUUGUCUCUGUUAAUGAAU